AUGGUGAGGCGAAUGGGCUGGGGGAGGAGCAGGGGGCAGCUGGGGCAAUGGGGAGACCUGGGGCCUGGAUCAGUGCCCCUCCUCCCCAUGCCACUGCCUCCUCUUCCUCCUCCUCCGUGUCGGGGGCCUGGGGGAGGGAGGCUCUCCAUCUUCUCUCUGUCCCCUGCUCCUCACACGAGAAGUGUGCCUUCUUCAGUUCCUCCCCCCGUCCUGGGGCCCUCCUGCCCAGCUGUACAGACCCCAGGAGCUUCUCAGCCUCCACACAGGGCCCUCCCCACCCCAGCCACACCCCCAACACAGGUAGAGCUUGUGAUGACACCCAUCACUGCUCCUCCCUCCUGGGGUUCCCAUUCCACCCCACCCCUGGCUUCGGUGACUGCCCCUCCUUCACGCCGAUGCCCCCAGGACAAUCCUGGGCUGCGGAUAGGCCCUCUGAUCCCUGAGCAGGAUUAUGAGCGGCUGGAGGACUGUGACCCUGAGGGGUCCCAAGACUCACCCCUCCAUGGGGAGGAGCAGCAGCCCCUGCUUCAUGUGCCUGAAGGGCUCCGAGGCUCCUGGCACCACAUUCAGGACCUGGACAGCUUCUUCACCAAGAUCUACAGCUACCACCAGCGGAAUGGCUUUGCCUGUAUCCUGCUGGAGGAUGUCUUCCAGCUGGGGCAAUUUGUUUUCAUCAUCACCUUCACGACCUUCCUUCUUCGCUGUGUGGAUUACAACAUUCUCUUUGCCAACCAACCAAACAACCAAACAAGACCUGGGCUGCCUCACAGCAAAGUGACUUUGUCAGAUGCCAUCCUACCCUCGUCCCAGUGUGCCCAGCGGAUCCGCUCAAGCCCUCUGCUGGUCUUCCUUCUGAUCCUGGCUGCGGCCUUCUGGCUCGUUCAGCUGCUUCGCUCAGUCUGCAACCUCUUCAGCUUCUGGGACAUCCAGGUGUUUUACAGGGAGGCCCUGCACAUCCCCCCGGAGGAGCUCAGUUCCGUGCCCUGGGCCGAGGUGCAGUCGCGCCUCCUGGCGCUGCAGAGGAGCGGGGGCCUGUGCGUGCAGCCGCGGCCGCUGACCGAGCUGGACGUCCACCACCGCAUCCUGCGCUACACCAACUACCAGGUGGCGCUGGCCAACAAGGGCCUGCUGCCGGCGCGCUGCGCGCUGCCCUGGGGGGGCAGCCUGGCCUUCCUCAGCCGCGGCCUGGCGCUCAACGUCGACCUGCUCCUCUUCCGAGGGCCCUUCUCGCUCUUCCGCGGGGGCUGGGAGCUGCCGGACGCCUACAAGCGCCAUGAGCAGCGGGGCACCCUGGCCGCGCGCUGGCGGCGCACCGUGCUGCUGCUGGCCGCCGUGAACCUGGCGCUGAGCCCUCUGGUGCUGGCCUGGCAGGUGCUGCACGCCUUCUACAGCCACGAGGAGCUGCUGCGGCGCGCGGGCGCCCUGGGGACGCGCCGCUGGACCCGACUGGCCCGCCUGCAGCUCCGCUACUUCAACGAGCUGCCGCACGAGCUGCGCGCGCGCCUGGGCCGCGCCUACCGGCCCGCCAACGCCCUUAGCGAGCCGCGACGCCCACCGCGCCCCCUGCUAGCGCUUCUGAACCGCCAGCUCGCCAUCCUACCCGCUCCUGCUCCCCUUUUGACAAGAACGCUUCCCCGUGACUCCUCCUCCCUUAGGGCUGAGCCCCCCUCCCCUCCCAGCCCUGCCUCCCCGUCCCACAGCCUCCUAACUUCAGGCGCCUUUCCCGCCCGGAUCCCGCCCUCCAGGUCUUUCAUUCCGGAGGAGCAGUGCCAGGCGCGUUCUCCGCAGCUCCUGCUGCAGUCGGCCUUGGCCCACAUGCAUUACCUCCCCGAGGAGCCCGGUGCUGCCGGCAGGGCCAGCGCUUACCGGCAGAUGGCGCGGCUGCUGCAAUACCGAGCGGUCUCCCUCUUGGAGGAGCUCCUGUCCCCACUCCUCACCCCACUGUUUCUGCUCUUUUGGUUUUGCCCUCGUGCCCUGGAGAUUAUUGACUUUUUUCAUCAUUUCACUGUGGAUGUGGCUGGGGUUGGUGACAUCUGUUCCUUUGCCCUCAUGGAUGUGAAGCGCCACGGCCACCCUCAGUGGCUCUCGGCAGGACAGACAGAGGCCUCGCAGUCUCAGCGUGCAGAGGACGGAAAGACUGAGCUCUCCCUGAUGAGGUUCUCCCUGGUGCACCCACAAUGGCGCCCCCCAGGGCACAGCUCCAAGUUCCUGGGGCAACUUCGAGGCCGGGUACAACAGGAUGCAGCCGCUUUGGGCGCCACCUCGGUUCGCAGCCCUGCCACUCCCGGGGUACUCAGCGACUCUUCCUCACCUCUGCCAGAGGCCUUCUUGGCUAACCUCUUGGUGCACCCCUUCCUGCCCCCACGGGACCUGAGCCCCACAGCCCCCUGCCCAGCUGCAGCCACGGCCAGCCUCCUGGCUUCCAUUUCCCGAAUUGGCCAGGACCACAGCUGUGUGUCCCCUGGAGGUACUGGGGGCCCGAAGCUGGCCCAGCUACCAGAACUUGCUUCUGCUGAGAUGAGUCUUCAUGCCAUCUACCUGCACCAGCUCCAUCAGCAGCAGCAGCAGGAAUUGUGGGGCGAGGCCUCAGCCUCCUCCCUGUCCAGGCCCUGGUCCAGCCCCCCGCAAACACUCUCACCUGAUGAGGAGAAGCCAUCCUGGUCAAGUGAUGGCUCCAGUCCUGCCUCCAGCCCCAGACAGCAGUGGAGAACCCAGAGGACCCAGAAUCUGUUCCCUGGAGGUUUUCAGACCACGGACACUCAGAGGGAGCCUGGCCAGGCCCAUAGCACUGCCUGAGAGGGCUCCUCAGAGUCAGUAUUGUCUAAUGGGGGCGGGGAAGGGGAUGAGUAGGAAAUUAGAUGGAGCCAGACUCGGAGGAAUGCAAACAGGGGUGGGUAUGUGAGGUGAGGGGGAUGGUCACCUCUCGAACCUAAACCCCUGGACUGCUUGCCAAGAGGCUUCUCCUCCCUCAGGUUCCCCAGCUUCUCCAGCCCAGGAGACCAGAAGAGGUGGAGUGGAAGAACACACCAAGCCCUUUUUAGGGGUGCCCCCGAGAUGCUUUAGUUGGGCAGGACUUGGGGGUCAAUGACCAUCUGGCCCCAGAGAGCAGAGAAAGAGUAGGAGAGGAGAUGCAAGGGCAUCUGGAAACAUGUCUUAGAGACAAUCCCCACAUGGAGGGGAGAAGGCGACCCCCCCCCCCCCAUUAGCUGUCCUGGGACAGUUACCUGGGAACAAGUCCCAGGUGGGAGGCAAGGCCAAGGUGGAGGCCAAGCUCAGUGUAUGGGAAACCGUGAGGAACGUGCCUGGGAGGCAGUUGGUUCUUCAGGUUCCCACGGGAUUUGUGGAGGGGGGACACGGGGACUUGUGAGUGGAAAGACUAGCGAGGGCUGAUGUUUUUGGAGUUUGGCAUCAGUAUGACGUUUGAGGAAGUGGGUGUGGCUCCCCAUCCCGUCUGAAACCAGUGGUAAAGGUUGCUCACGGCUGCUCAUCUUUACGCCCUUGGUCUCCAGUGUUCUCAUUCCUGACAGCAGAGGGCGGUACUGCUUCUCAGCCAAGAGUGAGGGAGCAGCUCCCGGGAAUGCCUGUGUCUGACAGCCUGGCUCCUAGAGAGCUGGGUCAAAGUGGAGUAUGCAGGGUAGGACUGCUCUCCAAGAAUUACCACCCCCACGUCCGCACAAGUUAAAAGACAGAGCUUGUCAUUCUGUAAUUUUAAUCCACAGGGCUGGGUU